GAUGGAUGCAGAUAUAUGCUCUGUACGAAAGGAGUCGGAAGAUCAAGAUCUUCCUGAUAGUAGCAUGCACUAUAGAGGUUGUUGCAAUGGUGGUUCUCAUUGCUAUCACCAUGAGCCACUUAGAAAGCUUACCCAUCCUUUCAACAAACACUGGCUGUGCAUACCAGGGAUUGCUAUCGGUUUCCUCGCUGUUUUGGAUACCUGGACUGGUGUACGAGCCCAUUCUGUUUGCACUGGUAGCAUAUAAGGCGUGGGGUAAUCGAGAAAAUGAGCCAAGCGUACCGCUAAUUACCAGGAUGGCCCGAGAAAGCCUUAUCUACUUCGCAGUGAUAUUUGUGGAGCUUUUGCUCAGCACCGUAGUCUGGGCCCGUGCACCAGAAUAUAUCAACCUGUUCAACCCCUGGUCGGCCGCGCUACCGUCACUGCUCGGCUGUCGACUCAUGCUUAGCAUGCGCGAGGCAGUCUACCAACGGAGCGACCCGCGGUCCUAUAUUAUGGAAAUGUUCUCCGCCCCCACAUCUCCCAGCCGACCUUCAUGCUUUAACCCUCGACGAUCGCCUUGGGAAUACUCACACAUCGAGUUUGGCGAGACCAUGGACAUCAUUGAGCACACCAUGUUCUCAGACGCAGAGCGUACAGGCUCUGAAACAUACUCCUGAUGAGUGCAACACAUCAUCGUACGCCAAAUCGAGUGCCAGAUGUGCGCGUGUUGUACAUUACACAGCCAAGGAUUGUAUGUCAGGUAACGGAGAACGGAUGUUCAGCGCAAUGCGCGGGCGCCGGGCGCUUCCAC